AUGUUAUGGAGGGCUUGGAGAUUAGGUUUUUGGGAAUCAAUCGACACCACAUUUACAGCAGUAGGACCAAUGGUAUGCACUUUACAAAUAUUAGCAUUUUUAGAAAUUUUCAAUGUAUUAUUAGGAAUAACCAAAUCAAGUGUAGGACCAACUUUAGCACAAGUAUUAGGUAGAAAUCAUGUUCUCUUAGUCGCAUUAAUUUUUGUACCAGAAGUUUACACUCAUUGGGGUGUAGCUUUGAUGUUCUUUAUUUGGGGUUUAUCGGAAUUAAUUCGUUAUCCAUUAUAUUUAUAUACCAUCAAUAACUCAACUCCUCCACAAUUCUUACAAUUUUUAAGAUAUAAUGCAUUUAUAAUUUUAUACCCAAUUGGCUUUGCUGCUGAAAAUGUCCUUUGGUAUAAUAUGUUGCCAUAUAUUAAAGAAAGAGAAAUUCAUUCAGUUCGUUUACCAAAUUCAAUUAACUUUGGAUUUGAUUAUUAUUAUUUUGUAAUUUUUUGGAUUUGCACAACUUUAUUAGUUUUCCCAUUCCAAUACAUGUUUAUGUUUAAAUUAAGAUCCUUAAAAAAUAAGAAAAAAACAAAUUAA